AUGACCUUUGGAAGACCACCGAUGGUUGUUUGGCCGUCUCUCGUUCCAUUUCCCGCCAUUGUCGAUGACGAAGAGCUCUCCAUGGAGCGAUCAAGCUCGUCUACUCCGCUUCAAGAACAGCACAAUUCCAAGAUUGCCUUCUUUAUUCAUGCGUUGGAACUUUCUAACACUCUCAUAGAUGUGUUGAAAAACUUCUAUACUCCUCGCAGAACACCACGACCAGCACCAUCGGAGGGACUCCACUCAGAAGAUUGCCGCCCACUCUUAGAUUUAGAUGACAGUCUCGAGCGUUGGAGUGGUCAAUUGCCUGAGCACUUGCGCUACCGUGAAGAUGCUCCUCUCGAUGAGCUCGGAACGAUUUUCCGUCAACAAGCCGUAGUAUUACACUGCAGAUAUCUCCACCUUCGGAUUUUGCUUUUCCGACCUAUCGCAGUUGACCUUGCUCAAAGCCACUACUUCGACCCGGAUUCGGAUAGCCGGCAUACGGUGCUCAAACACGCGAUUGCUGCGGGCUGUAUCCGGUCUUGCGUUUCUGCUGCACAAGAGCUCAUCCACACUUUGUUCAGAGAGUAUGACAGGGGCCAUCUCCCCGUUUCGUGGUACUCAGUCUUCUACCUUUACACCGCUGGGACUGUCAUCCUAGCAGUUCUUGUGACUCCGACACUUCGACGAGCGGAGAAGGACAAUUUUGCUUCUUUGGAGAUGUCCUGGGCGGAGUGUAUCGAAUGUCUAUCGCGGUUCGCAGACACGGAGGGUGGCUUUGCGAAAAGGUGUUUGUGGAUGCUGCAAAGUGCCAGCAGCCAGAUUCUGUCGGAUGCGCAGGCGAAUCGACACGGGCUGAAUAAUCUGCAAGCGAAUGGCCAAACCACCCCUACACCGAACCCCAACACUCAAUCUGGUAACGGAGCUAGGACGGAUGUUGUCGCGGAAAGUGUUUUCGGACAUUAUGAUAACAUCUUUGCUGAAAACGGAUUUGGUGAACCCUGGUGGCCUAUAGGCAGCCUUGAGUGGCUCAGCAACAUACCAACAGACUUCAACGAUCACCCACCGCCACCUUUAGAUCUAUCUGGCUAUUACGGGAAUGAUGCGCCUGGUUGA